UAAUUAUGGAUUAUUAUCAUUAUGUAAAAUUGUAUGUUCCAUCGGCAUCACCACACACUGACACAGUCCCCUACUCAGUGUAGAAGAAGAGGAGGCGGCCGCGGAGGAGAUAGAUUGCGAGUUGUGUGGAAGUGUGUGUGUGUGUGUUCAGGGAAUGGAAUUAUCGUCGUCGGAGAGUGGUUGGCAUCCGUCUCAAUUAUUUCUCAACAACAGAUAUUGGAUUCUCAGACACGGCAAAAGUAUUCCAAAUCAAAGGGCUCUUAUUGUCUCCUCUCUGGAAAAUGGAAUUCUUGAUGAGUAUCAACUUGCUUCUGAUGGGGUUCAUCAAGCUCGUUUGGCUGCACAAUCUUUCCUCAAGGAAUUGAAGGAAAAGGAAAGUAGUCUGGAAAGUGUCCGGAUCUGCUAUUCACCAUUCUCAAGGACCCGUCAUACAGCGAAAGUGGUUGCUUCUGUUUUAGAUAUUCCAUUUGAAGGAUCACAAUGCAAGGUCAUACCAGACAUUCGGGAGCGAUUCUUUGGUCCUUCAUUUGAGCUGAAGUCUCAUGAUAAAUACCCUGAGAUUUGGGCCAUGGAUGAGAAAGAUCCCUUCAUGCAGCCAGAAGGAGGAGAAAGUGUUGAUGAUGUUGUCACCAGGCUCACAAAGGCUUUGGCAAUAAUGGAGUCAGAAUUUCAAGAGUGCACAGUUUUGAUAGUCAGCCACGGUGAUCCCCUGCAGAUUUUGCAGACAAUCCUCAGUGCAGCAAAGGAACAAGCAACAUCACCUGCAAAUGAUUUAACGUCAAGAAUACAGGCAAUCAGAGUUCCCUCUGUUCUCUCACAGCACCGCAAGUUUGCUCUAAAUACCGGAGAACUUCGUCAAUUAGUAUAGACUAUAACUUCACUAGCCGCAUUUGGUGCUUCGAUUUGAAUGAUUAAGAGGCAAGGAGAGCCUUGUAUUCCUUUUAUAUUUUUAUUUUACUUUUUUAUCUCACACCAUAUUUAUCAAGAACUUAACUUUGGGUUUGUGAUCAAGUCAUUGUCUUGAGUUUUUAUUACACUUGAUGAAUUUGCGAACAAAUAAUUAUUUAGACUCAGUAAAGCAUUUACAAAUGACUGCCA